CUGGCGGAAGUAGAGGCACUUCUUGGUACGAUUAGAACAAGCAAACAGGCCGCCAUUAUCAUAUCAAUAAAUUGUCACAUAAAUCGCUUGUGUAGAAAACUUGACAAAGCGCUCUGUGUGUGCGCGGCUUUCUGCUCAUUCACCAAGAUUUGCCAAAAUGACGGCGGCGGUGUUUUUUGGCUGUACUUUCAUUGCUUUCGGCCCUGCUAUUGCUCUGUUCCUGUUUACCAUCGCCCGGGAGCCGCUGCGGGUCAUUUUCCUCAUAGCUGGAGCAUUUUUCUGGCUAGUUUCUCUCCUGCUGGCGUCUCUGGUUUGGUUCAUCUCUGUUCAGAUCAGCAAUAAGGACAGUGCGGAGCAGCAGAAAGGCCUCCUCAUCUUUGGUGUGGUGCUGUCCGUUCUCCUGCAAGAGACCUUCCGCUUUGCUUACUAUAAGCUGCUCAAGAAAGCGAAUGAAGGGCUUCUCACUCUGAGUCAGGAGGAGACCAUGCCCAUCUCCAUAAGACAACUGGCCUACGUGUCCGGCCUCGGCUUUGGCUUCAUGAGUGGAGCAUUCUCCGUGGUGAACAUUCUGGCUGACUCUGUUGGCCCAGGCACUGUUGGGAUCCAUGGAGACUCACAACAUUACUUCUUGUCUUCAGCAUUCAUGACGAUGGCCAUCAUCCUUCUGCACAUGUUCUGGGGUGUCGUCUUCUUUGACGCCUGUGAAAAGAAGCGUUGGUGGGCCGUGGCUGCUGUUGUCAUCAGCCAUCUGGUCGUUUCCUGUCUGACUUUUCAGAAUCCGGAGUAUGUCGGCAGCCUGGUUCCCACCUACGUCAUCUUGUUCCUAAUGGGCAUGUGGGCCUUUUACUCUGCUGGUGGCUCGCUGAGGAACCUCAAACUUUGCCUCACAUGCAAGGACAAAGACUUACUGCUUGCCAACCACCGGCCCAGAUAACGCAACACUCCAGGGAGCAUGCGGGACUCUACAUCCAAAGAUAACACACACACGCACACGCACACACACACACAGAACCCCACGAGACAGAUAAUGUGCGUUUUGAGUAGAUUUUUGAAACCUAAGAAUAUUUUCUUGUUUAAAAAAAAAAAAAAGGUACCGUAAAAGCAGUGAAUGUUUUGCAGAAGAAAUACAACAUUUUGAUGGAGGUUCACAUCUAAAAUCCCUGUGCUGCAUGGUGCACCAUGUUUUUUUUCUUGGCUCCAGUCUUACAGGAGCUUGUCACGUUAAAGUUUCACUCCAGCCUUAUGUGGUUUUGUUGUCCAAUGUUUUUUAAAGGGUGAAUUCUGAACAAUGAAUACAAAAUAUGCAUAUUUCAGCAUUUAUUUUCCCAUUUGGUUAUAGAAUGGACAUGAGUUUUCUACUACUUAACUCCUCCACUCAGCUUGUCAAACUUGGGCAGUGUGAUUUUUGCUUUAUCGUCACCAUUAUUUUGUUAUUUGCAGCGGUCAACACAAGCAAUGAACUGUAAAAUUGUGAUCUUCGAAUGUUUCAUUUCUUUCUUGCCUUUUAAUAUGAUUUAGUCUCAUUUUUUUGGAGUCAUUUAACUUUAAAUGACAUUAAUUUUAAAUGUUUUUUUCAGGGUAAGUGCUUCCUGUUUACAUCUUUUGAAGAGCAGGCAGGCUUUGUUGGAAAUUUCAAUAUCAUACUUCUAGACAAGCGUGCCAAUUUUCUGUUUGUUCUGUUAAGAUGCAUAGAACUAAUGAAAGAGUGCAAAAAAUAACCUGUUGUAGAACCAGUAAAAUGCAAGAGAGGUUUCACUUGUUUGCACUGCCUUUCUAAUAAAUUUGUUGUAUUCUG